AUGUCAGUGACCACGACUGCAAACCCGGUCUCUGGAGCCGUGCUCCAAGCCCUCACCGACUACGACAUCCAUCACAGCGGCAACCCUGAACAGCCGAGGACGCCAGAGCCGCCGAAUCCGCAAAGAGAGACGCCCGUGUCGGCCGAAAACCCCCCCAAUUGGGACAGGGAACACCGUCGAGUGCCGCCCUACAGGCCUGUCGAUCGUAGCCGCCUUGGUCCUGAGAGACCGGCUGGUUCCAAUGUGGUGGAAGGCAUCUUCAUCUUCACCAUGCUGAAUGGUGUUGGGCUGAUUGGAAACGUGGACACCGCGUGGAGGGCCACCGGUGGAAAGAUCAACAGUCGUUUCUUCAGAUACAAGAUUGGGGGUGAAUGGUGA